AUGGCUGAACUCCCAGUUCCAGGAACGGUCCAGCAAGUUGACGACUCGCAUUUCACUUCUGGCAUUCGUCGAGAUGCUAGGCGGACUGACAUUAUCUUGAUCCCGCAGCCAUCGGACCACCCUGAUGACCCUUUGAAUUGGUCGAAAUGGCGCAAGCGCGUCAGUGACCUGGGCCAUAACGUCUACACCUUCGGUGUGGUGAUCAUGGUGUCCAGCUACACACCGGCCAAUCUCAAGAUCCAGGCGGCAACCGGCAUUCCCGUCGCCGACAUCAACACUGGUGUUGGCAUCUACUUCCUCUUCAUUGGCUACUCCAAUUUGAUCUGGCAGCCUCUCGCUAUCAAUUAUGGCCGACGGCCAGUGCUGUUGGCCUCGAUCCUCUUGGUCAUCGUCCAGGCGCUGUGGCAGGCAUACUGCACCACCACAGGCGAAUGGUAUGCCAAUCGCGCUCUCAUGGGUAUCUCUGCCGGACCGGUCGAGACAUUGCUGGAACUCGUCGUGGCCGACUUGCAUUUCAGUCACGAACGAGGAGCGUGGCUGAGCGUCUACGUCUGGAUCUUGUUCAGCGGGUCGUUCUUGAGCUGUAUUCCAGCAGGUUUUGUCGCCGAUGCCCUGGGCUGGCAGUGGAUCGAGUACAUUGUCUGCAUCAUCGGCGCCGCCUUCUUCGUCUGGCUAUUCUUUACCUUCGAGGAGACCGCGUUCUACCGACCUGAUGUGGUUUCUGCCGAGACUAUCGGCGUUGGAAAUGGAAAAGUCGAUACAGACGAUGUCGAGACUCCCAGGGCAGAAGCCAAAUACACUGACGAGAAGAGGUUGGGUGAAACACCAAUGGGGCACAAUAGUGACGCUGGAACGACUGCUUUAGACCGUGCAUCGGACAUCGUAGGCACGCCGAAGCCGUACUGGAGACGACUGAGUAUCUUGAGCGGCUACGACCGGAGGAGGAAAUCCAACGUCUGGCGAAAUGCCUACAUCUCCAUCGCGAUUCUACGAUUCCCGGCAAUUCUAUACUCUGGCUUGCUUGUGGCCAUGUCACUCUCCUGGUACAACGUCGUCAACGGCACACUACCAACCAUCUUGGGCAAAGAGCCUUACAACUUCAGCGCCAACAUCAUCGGCGUCUUCUACGUCGCCGGCAUCAUUGGCGUCACUUUCGGCAGCUACUUCGGCGGAGCACUCAGCGACCGAGUUGCCAUCUACAUGGCUCGUCGCAACGGCGGUGUCUUCGAGCCAGAACAUCGUCUAUGGAUCUUCCUCAUUGCGCUGAUUGUUCAUCCACUCGGCUGCCUCUUGUUUGGCGUGGGUGCUGCCCACCACAUCCACUGGGUCGGUCUGGCUUUCGGUUUGGGCUUCUUCUGCGUCACAUUACCUAUGGGCUCCUCUGUGGCGUACAACUACAUCCUCGACAGCUACAAGGAGGUUGCUGGUGAGGGCCUGGUCUCGGUGGUAUUGAUCCGAAACACUAUUGGCUUUGGUUUCGCGUACGCCAUCCUUCCCAUGAUCGAUGCCCUGGGUGUACAGGACGCAUUCAUCCUGCUCACAUUCUUGGGUCUCUUUGUAUGGUGUCUUACCUUUGUCAUGCUUAUCUUCGGCAAGAGGUUUCGAAAGUGGACGGCCCGAGCAUACUGGGAAUUGGUCGAAGAGCAAGGCCUUAGAGUGCACUAA